AUGCCCGACACGACAAUUGGCUCUGGAGAGGAAAAGGGCGCCGGUGCCCAGGAGAAGACGGGUGCUUUGGAAUCGACGGCCAGCUCGUUGGACCACAGUGAAGGCGAAACCGAAUCGAUCGAGCACGGGUUUGGCCAGCUUCACCGGAGCUUUACACCACGACAAAUCCAUAUCAUCUCGUUGGGCUCGAAUGUCGGCAGUGGACUCUUCAUCGCCACCGGCAAGGCUCUGGCGAGCGGCGGGCCCGGCACCAUGUUUUUUGCCUACUUGAUGGUCUGCAGCGGUGUCUGGGCCAAUCUCCAGACCUUGGGGGAAAUGACAAUCGCCUUUCCCACCUCCGGCAACUAUGUCGACUAUGCUGGGCGAUGGGUUGACCCUGCUCUGGCGUUUGGAGCAGGCUUUGCUGAAUGGUUGGGUUGGGUGGCAGUGUUUGCCUCGGAAGCCGGAUUCUUCGUCAUCUUGGUCAACUACUGGGCCGAAGGAGCCGUGCCAGAGGCUGCGUGGAUAACCAUCUUUCUGGUCAUCUGCCUCGUCGUCUUCUUCCUCCCCAACAAGGCGUUCGCGUGGCUGCAAUCCUUUGGCUCCAUGGUCAAGAUCAUCCUCUUCUUGCUCAUCGUCGUACUCUCCCUGGCCCUCAUUGGCGGUGCAGGCUCGACUGGUUCGGUACAUGACGGCAGCUACUGGACAAAUGGGUUGGCCUUCCAGAAUGGAUUCGGGGGAUUCGCAAACUGCGCUUUGUUGGCCAUUUGGGCAGUGGGAGACCAAGUCUUCAUCGGCGUCAUGGGCGGCGAGGCCAAGUCACCGCGUUACUCCAUGGCACACGCAGCGACCCUGGUGCCCUUCCGGACGGGAUUCAUGUACAUUGUGUGCGUCAUCUUCAUCGGCUUGCUCGUUCCCAGCGACGACCCUCACCUUCUAGGCGGGUCCGGCGCCGCCGCAUCGCCCUUUGUCAUCGCGGUCACUGAGGCGGGCAUCAAGGGCCUCCCCGACCUGAUCAACGCCUGCAUCAUCAUCGGUGUCGUGGCAAUUGCUUUGGAAUCCAUCUAUCUCCCCUCCCGAAUGAUCCGCACCAUGGCUCUUCAGGGUCUGAUCCCCUCCUUCUUGGGCAAGUGUGACAGUCGGGGUCGGCCCCGAUGGGCCCUGGCAAUCACCGCUCUUGUUGCCAUUGUCUUCAGUUAUAUGAGUCUUAGUGGAGGUGGAACGACUGCGUUGAACUGGUUCAUCUCCAUCACCAGUGCGUCGUUCUUCUGCAACUGGGCCAUCAUCGCCGUGAGCAAUUACCGCUUCCACCAGGCUCUACGUGCACAGGGCGACAGGAUCUUCGACCAGACCUACAGCUGGCAAUCGAUCGCCUGGCCUCUGGCUCCGGCAUACUUGUUGAUUGUGUGCCUCAUGCUGCUGGUUUGCUUGCUGUAUGCAGCCAUCUCGCCUCUGGGUGGUGCGGGCUUCACGGCCAACAACUUUUUCCAAUACACCAUUGGUCUUAUCGUGAUUGUCGUCUUCACAGUAGCAUACAAGAUCAUCAUGCGCACGAAAUGGCAAGAUGUUGCCACGGCCGAUCUAGUCAGAGGGCGCCAUGUACUCAGUGCCGACGAGAUAAAGAGGCUAGACGAGUACUACCGUCGGCCUCUAUGGCGGCGGAUUGGCACCUAUGUCUCCCUAUGGUAG